UCCCAGGCCAUCGGAGCCACCUUCGCUGCGCUGAUCGGCGCUGGUGUUCUGGUCAGAUCUGUCUCGUAUGAGCACAGCCCCGUUGCGAAACACCUGUCCUGGGCUCUCUAUGCAGGUGUGUUUGGGGCGGUGGUGGCCCCGUUGACUCUGCUCGGGGGUCCGCUGAUGCUGAGGGCCGUGUGGUGCACUGCAGGUGUGGUGGGCGGUCUGUCGACGGUGGCCGUGUGCGCUCCGAGCGAACGCUUCCUCAACAUGGGCGGCCCGCUGGCGGUGGGUCUCGGCCUGGUGCUGGCAUCCACGCUGGGCUCCAUGUUCCUGCCCCCCUCCACUGCUGUGGGCGCGGGGCUGUACUCGGUGUCGGUGUACGGCGG